AGCUGUAUUUCCUCUCUCAGGUCUGCCCUCUUUCCUGAAACACCUGAGUACAGUAGCAGGUGGUUUUUAUAGUCUUUACCUGUUCUUCGAGCUGCACAUGGUUUGGGUGGUGCUUCUCAGCCUCCUCUGCUACCUCAUCCUCUUCCUGUGUCGCCACUCGAGCAGCCGUGGACCCUUCCUGUCCAUCACAAUCCUUAUCUACCUCCUUCUGGGAGAGUUGCACAUGAUGGAUACAACAACCUGGCAUAAAAUGAGAGGUUCCCAGAUGGUAGUGGCCAUGAAGGCGGUUUCUCUUGCCUUUGACUUGGACAAAGGCAUAGUGGAGAAUUUUCCCUCUCCAGUGGAGUUUAUGGGCUACAUUUACUUUGUGGGGACAGUCAUCUUUGGGCCUUGGAUCAGCUUUAAUAGCUACAUAGAUGCGGUAGAGAGUCAAAAACUUAGCGUCUCCUGGUUUUUGAAGUCAGUCUUCAGCUGUGUGAAGAGCCAGCUCUGUCUGGUAAUUUCCAAUUGUAUUGCACCCUAUCUCUUUCCCUAUUUCAUCCCGGUCUUUGGAGACAAGCUGCUCCGCAAUAAGAAGCGAAAGAUGAGGGGCUCUAUUAAAAGGUGGCUACAGGCGUAUGAGAACACCCUGUCCUUCCAUUUCAGUAAUUACUUUGUGAGUUACCUUGGUGAGAUGACCACCACACUGGCAGGUGCAGGCUUCACAGAGGAAAAGGACAAUCUUAAGUGGGACUUGACAAUCGCUAAGCCUCUAAACGUGGAGUUUCCCAGGUCUAUGGUUGAAGUGGUCACUUCCUGGAACCUGCCCAUGUCCCGCUGGCUCAACACCUAUGUGUUUAGGAAGGCUCUCAUCUAUGGGAGCUUCACAGCCAUUAUCUUGACAUACACAGCGAGUGCCCUGCUACAUGGUCUAAGCUUCCACUUCGGGGCAGUAUUAUUUACACUAGGGUUCAUAACAUAUAUUGAACACGUGCUUAGGAAAAGAUUGUCAGUCAUUUUAAAUGCAUGUGUCCUAUCCAAGAGAUGCCCAUCAGACUGCAAACACCGACAUAAAAAGGAAUUUUGGGUAUAUUUAAUUAAUGGGGCCUUUAGCAUGUUAGCAGUACUACAUUUAACAUACCUGGGCUCAAUUUUUGGCUCCAGCACAGAUGACACGGAUUCUGAUGAGGACAGCAUGGCCAGCCACACCAUUGAGAAAUGGACACAGCUGAGCUGGACAAGCCAUUGGUUGACCUUUGGCCUUUGGGUCCUGUAUCGCCUUAUUCUUUGAAUACUGAUAACAACAUAGACAAGGAGAGAUUAUGAGAGAAUAGCAAUAACUGUGAUUGUAUAUUUUUGAUAUGGCUUUCCUGUAGAGGAAUUAUGGCCGUUUAUGGCAUCACUGUGAUCUCUGGAUGAACGUGACUGCAGAUCAGAGUCCUCAAAUCCAGGAAAAAGUGAUGUACAGGUAAUAUUGAUCCACUCCGCCAAAGCAUGAUUAAAAAAGUACCAGGAUAUUCUAAAGUUUUCUAAACUACCUUGAAUACAAAGAAGCAUCAAGACGUUUUUAAAAACCACAGCAAUCCUCAAGUGUGAAAAUUUACUUAUAGCCAUUGCUAAUGAAUUGAUCAAGAUUUUGAUAAGACAUCAUGUAGUUGUAGCUUGUUUUGUUUGAUGGUUUCAGAUGAUUACUUUUUAGGUUGAAAAGAAGAUAAAUAUUCUUAAUGCUUGUUACAGAAGCUCUAAAGUAAAAAAGCACAAAUCAAGUUUGGUUUGGUGCAUUUGUGCUGGUUUGUUUUUUUCCGGCCCACAAAUGGAGUAAUGACUUUGUUCAUUACAGUUGUCAUGUGUGACAAACAUGCCAUAAAACUUAUUUUAUAGUCAUAAGUUCAUCCUCAUAGGCCUCUGAAUGAACAUAUGACAUAGUUCACAUUCUCACUUUUGUAUGAAUUGUUGUAUGAAGUGGUGACUGCAAGUCUCUAGGAGACUUUGAAACCCUUUGAGACACUCAAAUGAGAAGUAUUGGUAGUAUUUGCUAGUUUCUUAUAUUAGAUUUUUUUAUGUAUUAACAGAAACAAGAAAUGGGAAAAGGAUAAAUUUACAGAUAGUGUGUAUUUGUUUUCAGUGUGUUUAUUUUAAUCUUUUUUAUUUUAUUACUGCUAUUUGGUAGUAAACAGUAUUUAUCAUCAUCAUCAUCACAUUGAAUUAGAUGGAUUGUUUUUUAGUGCCAAACAGAACAACAAUCAAUCAUCAACAGCUGAUUAAUUUCAGGUAUGUUUUUAUAUUACUUUUAAAUGGAUUUAUUUUGUUUAGACAUUCAACACACAACACAUUUUCCCCUGAAUCACCCUGCUGUUAAUCCAUCCCUAUACUUUUAUUAUCCUAGUGGAUAUU